GGCGGCGGGACCAGGCCGGGCCGGGCCGGGCGAGGGAGCCGCCGCCGCCGCCGCGCGCGGCCGCCGGCGGGACCGAUGCACACGAGGUAACCAGACUUUGAUGCUUCAGCUGAGAGACCGCACCCUGCAGGCGGCCGCUGCUCGCUCGCAUGGUUUCUGAGCCCCAAGCUCUCGGUUGUUGGCUGGGACACGGGGCCUGCUGCCAUGGAGUUGCCCAACCAUGCCAAGCAGCUGCUUCUGCAGCUGAACCAACAGCGGGUCAAAGGGUUCCUGUGCGACGUCAUCAUUGUGGUGGAGAACGCGCUUUUCCGGGCCCACAAGAACGUCCUGGCGGCCAGCAGCAUGUACUUCAAGUCUCUGGUGCUGCAUGACAAUCUGGUUCACCUGGACACGGACAUGGUCAGCCCCACGGUUUUCCGCCAGGUCCUGGAUUUCAUCUACACGGGCAAGGUGCUCCCCACCGAGCAGCCCUCGGAGCCCAACUUCAGCACGCUGCUCACCGCCGCCAGCUACCUCCAGCUGCCUGAGCUGGCCGCUCUGUGCCGCCGCAAGCUCAAGCGAGCAGGGAAGCCCUUCGGCUCUGGCCGGGCCGCAGUGCCAGGGGUGGGCCGGCCGGCUCGCGGCCAGCGCCUGUCUACCGCCUCGGUCAUCCAGGCGCGCUACCCCGCAGUGGCGGCGGAGAACCGCAAGGCCGCACAUGCUCCCAAAGAACUCCCCCAGCCCAAGGGCUCUGAUGAGGAGCUCUUCCUGGGGGGCCCUGGGCAGGAGAACACGCACCCCCUGAGCCGAAUAAGCUGCAAGAAUGGCGGUGACGGGGCCAGCUGUGGGGGCUCCAGUGGAACCAGUGGUGGCAGCGAGCAGGAGCUGGGCCUGGACCUCUCCAAGAAGAGCCCCCCCUUGCAGCCCCCGGUCCCCGGCCCCCUCCUCGGCCCCGAUGAUGUCGGCCAGCUCAGUGACAGCCAGCACGGCUCCCCUGCUCCGGCCUCUGCCAACAGUGCCUCUUACACGGAGCCGGGCGGCCCCCCGGAAGAUCCCAUGGAGGUGGAGGGAGCAGCACCCCCUGAGGAAAACCACUUGGGGCUGAUGGAGGGACCCGGGGGCCAGCCCCGCAAGAGUCUCCGGCACCUGGCGCGGAAGAAGGAGUGGAACAAGACGGAGGCUGUGGCCUGCGCCUCCUUCGAGCGGAAGGAGGCCGGGGGCAAGAGCUGCUGCCCGGGGGAAGAGGAUGAGCUGGAAGAUGGGCUACCUAACGGCAUCUUGGGGGUGGGCGGGGGGCCCUACGGGGAGCCACUGUACCCUUGCAAGGAGGAGCUGGAGAACGGCAAGGAGCUCAGUGAGGAGAGCGGGCAGAGUGAGGGCGAGGGCGGCGGUGGCCCCGCAGGGGCUGGCAGUGGUGCCAACUACGUGUACCGCCAGGAGGGCUUCGAGGCGGUGCCCUACGGGGACAACCUGUAUGUCUGCAUCCCCUGCGGCAAGGGCUUCCCCAGCUCUGAGCAGCUCAACGCCCACGUGGAGACCCACACCGAGGAAGAGCUCUUCAUCAAGGAGGAGGCUGCUUACGGGGGCGGCCCCCCGCCCGAGGAGGAGGCCGAGGACCUGUCGGCCCCCAGCCCGGCUUAUGCCAGCGAGCAGCGCCCCUUCAAGUGCUCAGCCUGCGACAAGAGUUACAAGGACCUGGCCACGCUGCGGCAACACGAGAAGACCCACUGGCUGACGCGGCCCUUUCCCUGCAACAUCUGCGGCAAGAUGUUCACCCAGCGUGGCACCAUGACCCGUCACAUGCGCAGCCACCUGGGCCUCAAGCCCUUUGCCUGCGAGGAGUGCGGCAUGCGCUUCACACGCCAGUACCGGCUCACGGAGCACAUGCGCGUACACUCUGGCGAGAAGCCCUACGAGUGUCACCUGUGUGGCGGGAAGUUCACCCAGCAGCGGAACCUCAUCAGCCACCUGCGCAUGCACACCUCCCCCUCCUAGGAGCCAAAGAGGCCCCGGGGGCCGGCCACAGCGCCCAGGCCGGCCGCCCACCCCUCCACACCCCAGAGCUUUAACUGACAAUGCAUACCAAGAGAAGCAGAGGGAGCCAGGGCCGGGCAGGGGACCCCGACCCUGUUCUCUUUGUUUUGGCAUUUGGUCUACCUCCACCCCUCUACUCUGAGGGACAACCUCCAGCCCCCCCAGACCGCGGGGCUGGGCAGGCCGUCUUCUGGCUCCGGCCCAGCGGGCUUUCCUGAAGAUUGGGGGGCACAGCUGGGCCUUUUUCCCAUAGCCAGAGAACUCUGGAGCAAGCCCGGAUCCCCCCUGGGGGGGUGCGUGCAUCUGUGUGUGUGUGUGUGUGUGUGUGUGUGUGUGUGUGUGUGUGUGUGUGUGUGUGUACGUAUGUGUGCGUGCUGUCCCAGCUGUGUAUGUGGAACAGAUGCCAGGGGAGCUGGGGCUGUCAGGCUUGCCCUUGUCCCUCCCCCAUGGCAGUCAGGGUUACCCCAGAUACUUGAUACUUCCCUCCCUCCCUCCAAGGGCUCUCUGUCCUGUCCCACUUCCCCUCAGCCUGUUGGCUCCUUUGAUUCUCCCCCCCCCCCCCAACCCCCAGGCUAAAUCUGUUUCCCACUGCCCCUGCCCUGCUUUCUUGGCAUUGGGGCCUGAAUGUAAUCGGGGCAGCCGGCCUCCCCCCCACCAGUGUGGAACCCUAACCUGUCGGCCUCCAGUGCACUCACUCCGCCCCUGCCUGGUUUUCUGUAUUUCCUGUGACUUUCUUUGUUUUGAGGUACGCGUUUUGUUGAGACGCCCCGUGCCCUUCAUCUGGAAGGGCCUAGGCAGGCCGUGGGGGCAGGACUGAGUUACGUGUCUACUCGGGCACACUGGCCACUACCCCCUGUGCCCUUCCGGCCAGCUCGGGCUGCAAGAGCAGCUCUUUCCGGAUCGCAAAAAAUAACAGGACAGACGAACUGAAAUCCAGAAAGAACAACCUCAAGAGACUUGCAGCAUAGCCAUGGGCCACAACCUAGAGAGACUGGCCAGAGCCUGGCCGCCGCGGCCACACCGAUCAGCCUUGGUCUCACUGGAUCUGUCCACAGGGACGCCGAACUUCUGCCAUUGAUUCCGGGGGUGGGGCCCUGUCCCACCUCGCUUUCGCUUGUCAGUAUUUGCUACUUUGGUGCAGGAGUGCAGGCUGGCCUGGAGGGAGCUGGCUUGCAGUUACGUCCUUCCGUCCGUCCCUUGUCAUCACACACAUCCACACAGGUGCAUGCCCGUGCAUGUGUCCUGUGUUAGCAAUAAGGUUCCUAAGCAGUUCAGUUCUCCAGGUGGCCAAAGAGGGAAGGCAGUGGAGGGGCGGGCAGGGCCCCCUGCCGCGCCCCCCCCCCACAAGCUUUUCUUUGCCCUCCCACUGAGACCAGGGGCCCUGACAUCCCAGAAUCAAGCUAGGGGCAGGAAUUGUUAAGGCUAAAAAUCAAUGGCUCCUGAUCCCAGGAGCUGGGGAAUGGGGACGGAUAUGACUUCAGCCUCAAUCUGACAUUCCAUGGAGGGGUGGGGGAGGAGAGGAUUGGGAAUGCCAUCGUGACCCCCUCAGUCUCUUGCCAGUGGGGGGCAGGGGUACACUGGGAAUGCUUUCCUCCUGCCCCCUGCUUUUCCACCAGGAGCCCCCUUUCCCCCAGCCUCACUAUUUAUUGCUGUAAUUUAUUGACCUCAGAAAUGCUGCAUCAGGACCUUGGCAGGGGGAUUCUCCAGGGCUCCCCCACAGACACACUCAGUGGGGCCCCAGGGGGCCAGGUGCUGAGGGGAACCUCCCAUGUCCGUCCCUGCCUGCUCAGUAUUUAAGCCCUUGGGGCCUCGGGCUGUGUACUGACCCAUUUCACAAAUACCUCG